GCGAUCUAGAAAGAACGUGUCUUUCUCCCGUUCACGGAUCCUAUAGUUACUCAAUACACACACAAAUACAUAACAACUGCACAUAUACAUAGAUAUAUUGUGGUGUAGUUCUAUAUAUAAUAGUGCAACAACUUGAAAAAUUGGUUAUUAGUGUUCGAUUAAUUGGCGGAAAGAGUCUUAUUUGAAGAAGAAGAGUUUUGAAGAAGAAAUGGCGAAAAUUAUUUUAAUCUGUUUACUGAGCGUGUUAGCCUGCGUCUCAGGGCAACGCAUCACCACCAUUCACCUGGAUGGCGUUCAAUACUUCAUUAGCCGCAUGAAUCCCUAUUCACCCGAACUCAACUAUUUCCUGGCCUAUCAGUAUUGUCGUUCAUUAGGUCUGCAAUUGGCGUCCUUUGAAACAAAAGAGAAAGCUGAGUCGAUGACCACAUACUUGAAGAAUGCCGGCUAUGGCAAUUAUGAUUUCUGGACUUCCGGUAAUCGCUUGGGCACCGGCAUGUUCCUAUGGAUGAGUACUGGGCUGCCGUUUAAUGCGACUUUUGACUUCUUCGAGAAUUCAGCUGAUGCUAUUCAAGCCGGUCUGCUAGAUCCAGUUGAUCACAAUAGCAAUACAUCACCACAGCGGACGGCGCGCGACAGCAGUAGCGGCGCCGAGAAGGGUUGCGUCAUUUUGAAACAGCCAACCUUAAAGUGGAUGCCCGAAGAUUGUUCGGCCGUGAAAGAUUUCAUCUGCGAACAGACCCGAUGCUAUUACUAUAACUACGGCAGUAUUCCAGUCUCAUCGGCGCAGGGCCGUCCCGUCACCUCUACAACUUCACGUCCCACUGUCGACCUAACAAAGCUGAGCCUAUCCACAACUCCGUUACCGCUCACCAUGUCCACAUACACACCUUUCUCGAAGCGUUCACAUCAGGAUGAUCACGAUGAGCCGCAAUUGUCAUUCGUCUCCUUGAAUCUCGAUCAUGAUCUUGAGAGCGCCGAGGAAGAAGCGAAAAACGAUGAACAUGAACAUGAACACGAACACGAACAGGAACAUGAACAUGACAACUUUGAUGCUGAAGAUGAAGACGAAGAUGAUAAGAAGCGUACACUGCCCGUAUACGAGAACAACAAUUUGCAUGCCAUCAAUAAGGAGUCCGUCGAACAACAUGUCGAACAAGAAGCACACCAAGAUGCCCAACAAGACGGGGGCGAAGAGGAAGAAGAUGAGACUGCUAAUGAGGAGAAUAUUUCUGUCUCGCAUGAGGAUAGCUCCGAUGAUGUGGACACCAAAAGCAACAGUGUUGGCGAACAUCAAUUGAAAACAUUACCUGUACCGGCUAUUGCUGCACCCGCCGAAGUGCCCACCGUCGAAGUGCGUCUAAAGCAGAUUUCGCAAGAAAUCGAAAAGAUGGCUGCAGCCAACAAUGAGAAUCAGCGUCAUAACAAUGCGCCCGUGGGUGUGCUCCAUCAUGACAACAACGACGUCGAUCGACAAUCAUUCCUCUCACUCACCGAUCUCAUACGUACGCUUCGCCCCAACAAUAAACAAAUAAUACCGCAAAUCGAUUCGGAUUAUUCGAAUGCUAUGCGCGUACUCGGCGAGACUUCCGAGGUAGUUAACAAUGAGGAGGCGCACAAAUUCUACGACAAGGAUAUGCAUUAAAGAGAAGAAGAUUUGUGAAAGAGAGGCAUAAAAACGCAGAGAUGGAGUAAAAAGAAGAUAGAAGCGAGAAAAAUUAGAAAUUAAAAGGGGAGAUAUCGAGCGCAAGCGCAGCAAAAGCGUGAGAACAUGCACAAUUGCAGAGCGGAAACGGAGAUAAUACCCUACAUAUACAUAAUUACAUACAGAUCUGGCGAUCUCGAAUUUACUUUUACGCGGUACAAACUUUAAAAUUGGCACUUUAAAAGGAAUAACGAAAAGAAACUAUGAAUAUGAAAAAUUGUGCCCACCUCUUUUGAUGAAUAAUCUCUUCCAAAGUAACUAUUGAUCUUCAACAAAAAAAAAAUAUCCUAUAUUUAAUAAUUUUGUCCACGGGCCACCGUCCUACAAACCCUCUAACUAUACGACGAUGCCUUAAAGUUUAGUAAUAGUAUGCUGCAGUGAAAUAUUUUUUACGAUUUAAAACAAAUCUUUGGAGCCUGAAAAGUAUCAGAAUCAUUGCACGCUUCGGCAAGACGGUAGACUCACUUAUUUGCCACAGGCAGAUGAGUACACGAGACAAACGCAACUUUGCUCUCUCUUUCGGGCGAUCCAUUAUUUUACCGAGGCGUGUGAGUACUUUCAUGGCGUUAGUAUUAACAAUUAAAAGUGAAAAGAAAAAUAAAAAUAAAUACAUAUAAAGAUUAAAUUAUAUUUUAGUAUGCGCUUGCAAAGAAAUUACUUAGUACUGAACUUUCAAGAAUAUAUUUGCAAUAAUUUUAUUUUAAAUUAUAACAAAUUACAUAUACAUAUACACACCUAUACAUACACAUAUUAUUAAUAAAUAUUUUAUUCGAAAUGAAAGUAAAAAAUAAAUUGUAAUGAAACAACGUACUUAGUUCGAGUGUGUACGAAUUAUGUAAUAUGUACUAUACAAAAUAAACAGUUACAAUAGAAAGUAUGUACCACAAUCGAUUGCUAUCGGCAGUAAAACUAGACUUUUAAGUUAAAAAUGAUAUGUAUGUAUUUGCAAAUACACAUCCCCGCUCAAUGCAUACGUAAGCAUGUGAGAGUGUUAUGUGUAUUCAAUAAAAAUAUACA